AUGGAUCUACAGAGUGCAACUCAUACAUAUAUUGGCGAUGAGGGAAGAAGAGGGGUGUCAGGAGGGGAGAGGCGAAGAGUCUCCAUAGGAAUUGACAUCAUCCACAAGCCAUCACUACUGUUCCUUGACGAACCCACCUCAGGUCUUGAUUCUACAAGUGCCUACAGUGUGGUAGAAAAGGUGAAGGAGAUGGCUAAAGGUGGCAGCACAGUUCUAAUGACCAUCCACCAACCUUCAUUUCGAAUUCAAAUGCUCUUGGAUCGCAUCACUAUCCUUGCAAGGGGGAGAUUGAUAUAUUUGGGGAGCCCCCUUGCCCUACCUGCUCAUCUAUCUGGAUUUGGAAGACCAGUACCGGACGGUGAGAACAGUAUUGAGUAUCUCCUAGAUGUGAACAAAGAGUAUGAUGAAUCAACUAUAGGGCUAGACCCACUAGUGCUGUAUCAACUAGAUGGCAUCAAACCUGAUCAAGUGGCCAGGACACCCAUCCCAAAAACACCAAAAACAUCUCGGACGCCUUAUGGAAAGAACCCUGCAUCUAAGCACGUGAUCAACCUCAAUAGCAGUGCAUUCUCUUCUAGGAACAUGACUUCUCAACCAAACUCUGGAAAGUUCGAGUAUGAUGAUGAAGAUGAUGACGACGACGAUGAUGAGGAUUUUGACAACUCCCUUGAAAGGAAAGGUGUAAAUACACCAAUAAGCAUGCACAGUGGUGUCUAUAAUCCUCCCUUGGCUUCUAAUUUCUACAAAGAUUUCCCAGUCUGGCUUUACCACGGGGUAAAGGGGACCCCUCAUCGUCCACCAUCAUGGACUCCAGCUAGGACUCCCGAAGUACUCGCUCCUGCAGGACCAAGAAGCUUGGUUUCAAGUCAAUAUCCAACACCUCAACAAAAUCCCAGUAGACUCCCAGUGGUCUUUAGCUCGUCCAUGGACUCUUGUGUACCCAGUUCUUAUGAAGAAUUCGAGUAUGAAGAGGUUCUCGAUGAGCCAAGCCACGGCUCCAAGUUUGCAAACCCAUGGCUGCGUGAGGUUGUCGUGCUCUCAUGGCGCACGGCACUUAAUGUCAUCCGCACUCCAGAGCUCUUCCUUUCACGUGAGAUUGUAUUGGCAGUUAUGGCACUCAUUCUAUCCUCCCUGUUCAGAAACCUCGACCAUCCUACCUUCAAAGACGUCAACCGGCUUCUCAACUUUUACAUCUUUGCAGUUUGCCUUGUUUUCUUUUCCUCCAAUGAUGCUGUCCCAACUUUUAUCCAGGAAAGGUUCAUUUUCAUCAGAGAGACCUCCCACAAUGCUUGUACUUCUUCCUAUGUCAUUUCCUCACUCAUUGUGUAUCUCCCAUUCUUUGCCAUUCAAGGUUUUACCUUUGCAGCCAUAACCAAAGCCAUUCUUCAUCUCGAAAGCAAUCUUAAGAACUUCUGGAUAAUCCUCUACGCCUCACUCAUUAGCACUAAUGCUUAUGUGAUGUUUGUCAGUGCACUUGUCCCAAGCUACAUAACAGGGUAUGCUGUUGUGAUUGCCACCACAGCUCUCUUCUUCCUGACUUGUGGGUUCUUCCUGAAGCAAUCCCAGAUACCUAUUUACUGGAGAUGGCUCCAUUUUAUCUCUGCAAUCAAAUACCCAUUUGAGGCAUUGCUAACAAAUGAAUUCAAAGGGAAAAGGUGCUAUAAUGGGCAGCCUAAAAAUCUCACACCUGGUCCUCUGAGAAACGUGAAAAUCAGCUCACUGCAUAACAAAUCCAUUCAGAAUGGAGAACUGCUACCAAGAGAGAAUUGCAUGUUGAUAGGAGAAGACGUUCUAUUCUCAAUGGAUAUUACAAAGGAAAAUAUUUGGUAUGACAUAGCAAUCUUGCUGGCUUGGGGAGUUCUCUAUCGCUUCUUCUUCUACUUGGUUCUGAGAUUUUAUUCCAAGAAUGAGAGAAAAUGAAGCAUGUUAUCCCUUUGCAUUUGCUUUUAUCUUAAAUUUAUGUUUGUGUCCUGA